AUGAAGAUGGUGCAGUGCGCGGGCUGCGACCGUCCCAUCCUGGACAGGUUCCUGCUGAACGUGCUGGACCGCUCGUGGCACGCCAAGUGCGUGCAGUGCUGCGACUGCCGCUGCAACCUCACCGAGAAGUGCUUCUCCAGGGACGGCAAGCUCUUCUGUCGGAAUGACUUCUUCAAGCGCUUCGGCACCAAGUGCGCGGGCUGCGCGAUGGGGAUCUCCCCGACGGACCUGGUGCGACGCGCGCGCAGCAAGGUGUUCCACCUCAAGUGCUUCACCUGCCUGGUGUGUCGCAAGCAACUGUCCACCGGCGAGGAGCUGUACGUGCUGGACGAGCACCGCUUCGUCUGCAAGGACGACUACCUCGCCAGGCAGCAGCCGCCCCCGCCACCAGUACCACCGCCAACCUGGGGUUACGUGGGUUAUUGCGGUGGCGUGGGAGCUGGCCCGGACAAGGCUCUCAAGCCUCAGUUCCCGGCCUGGGGUCCACCGCUCAGGCCAUGCCACAUCCCGCCACCGUACGCAAUGCUGGGACCCACGGGCUCCCCGGGCGACGCGACGCUCGACCUCGACGACCCCGCGGACGGGAGCGCCCCGGACCCAGACCUCCUGCGCGACCAAGACAGGGACUCGAGCGUCGAGCGCGAACUGCCCCCGGCCGUCAUCUCGCCGUCGUCGGCGUGCGGCGGCGGGGGCCCGACCAAGGGCGGCAGCGCGGGGGGCGGCGGGCCCCGGCCGGACUCCGGCGGCGGCGGGUCGGGCCCCGAGGGCGCGGGGGGCCCGGGCGCCGGCGACGAGGCCCAGGGUGGCACCAAGCGCCGGGGCCCUCGUACCACCAUCAAGGCCAAGCAGCUGGAGACGCUCAAGGCGGCCUUCGCCGCCACGCCCAAGCCUACCAGGCACAUCAGGGAGCAGCUGGCGCAGGAGACGGGACUCAACAUGCGAGUCAUCCAGGUGUGGUUCCAGAACCGCCGAUCCAAGGAGCGUCGCAUGAAGCAGCUCAGCACCCUGGGUGCCCGGAGGCACUUUUUCCGCAGUCCCCGGAGGGUGAUGCGGUCCCUGCGGCCAGGCAUGUCCCCGGACGGCCUCGACGACUCCCCGGAGAUGGGGCCCGGAGGACCCAACUCCGCCUUCGCCUACUUCUCCGACUCUUCGAACCCCGCAGACUUCGGGUACGGCGGGCAGGCCGGCUUCUACGACUUCUUCCCGGGCCAGCAGCCCCCACCGCCGCCUCCUCCUGGCGGUGGAGGUCCGGGCUCCGGCCCCGACGGCAUGGGCUUCCCGCCAGGCUCCGGACCACAGGGCAACUCCCAGGGGGGCCUGGACCCCCACUCGGGCUCCGUCGGACCUGGGAGCGUGAACCUGGGCUCGGACGCGCCCUACCUGCAGCCUCCUCCGGCGUCCGCGCAGCGGUCUAGCCCCGACGCCGUGCUCAGCCUCCAGGGGGCGGAACCGUACGGCGCCCGCGCCGACAACGGUUUCGCCCCGCUCAACCACCCGCCAAUCAGCGAAACGCCCGUCUGGUGACGUCACCGCCAAUCACAGGGACCGUUUCCGCCCCCCUUCUGCGCGGGGACCCUGCUGCUGCCCCCCUCUGCCACGGGUCACGUGGCCACCGCUGCGCCCUCUCCCACGGAGGCGACGACGGCGCCACCCUGCGACGUGCGGGGCGGGGAAACUGUGAGGCGGAGAAAACGAAACCGAAACUAACAAGAAAAAGUGCGCGAGAGAAGGAGCGCUCAGGAAGCGAGGCAAGGCGGCGAGGGCCGCGCCCCGGCCGACUGGAAAUUCUUCCUACGACAAGAUCGCCUCCCGG